AUGAUGGUGCCACACAACCAAGGCAUUACAGUCAAGGUCCAGAAGAGAGGCUGCCCACAAGGCUCAUCUGCCGGCCCUCUCCUCUGGAACCUUACGUUCAACACAGUCCUCACCCAUGCAUGGCCGCCCUAUGCAAAGAUCACUGCCUACGCGGAUGACGCGGUCAUCAUCAUCCAAGGACGUACGCGAGUUGAGUUAGAAGAAAGAGGUGAAAUUUUCAAUAACCUAUGCACCAAACUCAAACUCACACUCUCCAUCGAUAAAUCCCCAGCACUAAUUAUUCCAAAGCCAGGCACCAACCCAACACGGAAACCCUGUAUCAAGGUACAGCAAACCAAUAUCAAGAUCGUUUCUGAGCUGAAAUACCUCGGGAUUAUCUGGGAUCGAGGCCUGACGUGGAUCUCCCAUCUUCACUACAUACACAGCAAAACAAACGCAAUAGCCAGAAAAGUCAAACUUUUCCAAGGAAUCAGCUGGGGUCAGAAUCCUCACAUCAAUAAAAUCCCGUACACAACCGUCAUAGAACGGAUCUGCUUUUAUGCCGCAACAAUCUGGGCAAAUCCAAUGCAGGGCAGAAAGCAAAAACAGCUACUUACUAUCCAGGGCCCUUUCGCGCUUAUGAUAUGCAAAGGCUUUCGAACCACUACAACAUCUGCAGCACUAACACUAGCCGGCAUCCCUCCCCUUUAUCACAGAGCCACGCAGAAAGCAGCGACCACCAGGAUACUACAACUCAGACAAGAUGCCACCUUUAAUGGACACACCUUUAGCCCCACCUCCUAUGAACACCUAAGGCAUCACAGCAGACAACAUCCAGGUGACAAAGGAAAAGAAGUCAUCAUCAGCGUCCCAAAAACUUCCUCUUCAAAUAUCACAAGCGCUCAUCCUGUCUACUAUACGGACGGCUCUAAGCAGGACGCAGGAGUCAGCAGCGCCUUCCUUUUUACCCACCAUAGUGAAGUCAUCACAAGCUGGAAGGGCCAUCUCCAACCACAUAACAGCAUCUUUCAAGCUGAGGCACUCGCCCUCCCGAAGGCCAUAGCACACGCUGCAUGCUUCAACUACCGCUCACCCAUAACCUGCACUGACAGCCAGUCAACACUACAUGCCAUAAAAAAUCACAGACAUACAUCACCAAUCAUCAAAGACAUUCAAAGUCUACUGCAGCAGCAUCGUUCCAACCCAGCAAGACUCAUAUGGGUGAAGGCCCAUGUGGGCCUUGCUGGCAAUGAAGCUGCAGAUGCCCUAGCCAACGAGGCAGCCACCAACCAUGAGGCCAUAGAAGUGAACCUACCAGCUCCAUCCUCCUACCUCAAGUCACAGCUCACACGAGCAGCCAUUACAGCCUGGCAACGCGACUGGACAGCUGCGACACGGGGCGUCGCGCUCACAUUUUUCUACCAAAAGUCUCAACUAGCCGACUCUGCUCCAUACCGCCGCUUACCAGAUUUAUAA